AUGGGUGCCAUCACGCUUCACAAACUAUCUAUCGUCUGUCUGGUGUCUUCCGCCGUGCCAUCAGCCUACGCCCUUGCUACUGCAUUGAAUGCGGCGAAACAUGUCGGUCUGCUGGCUGAGCGCGCCGGUGAUGAUUGCGGAGGGAACGCAACCCUUUACCAUUGCGGAAACCGUCUCCCUACGGGGUUCUGCUGUUCGGAAAACGCGUCAUGCUUGAUUCUAAACAACACGAUCACCGAAUCUGUAUUAUGCUGCCCUAAAGGCUCAAGCUGCGAAUUUGUUGAAACGAUUACCUGCGAUCCAACGGAACAGGAUGCUACGAUAUUCCCUGAGAGUCCUCUGCACAUGGCAAAUCUGACAAACGCUCUCCCAUCCUGCGGAAAUAAAUGCUGUCCAUUAGGGUACGAAUGCACACUAGGCGCAUGUGCCAUGAAAGAAGAAACAAAGUCAGCUCCAUCAAGUUCGGUGACAGCACCGAGUCCGACUUCCUCCUCUGCAGUCUCCGAAUCCUCGUCAUCCACCACCACACUAGUUCCAGUUGCCUCAUCCGGAUCUUCAUUCAAUCCCUCCUCCUUUGCAGCCGGCCUAAUUCCAGGCCUUGUUUUGGGUGCCGCACUCUGUUUCGGUAUCAUAUGGUACAUCCGUCGUCGAAAGAGGCGCGAAUCCGUAGAUUCCAUCUUCGGUCCGGUCCGUCGAGAGAUAUCCGACCCGAUUCACCAACCGUCGAUGUCCACGCGGACCGAUUUCCUCCAAGCGCAGCAACGGGAGUCGAACCGCAGUUCGGAGACGAAAUCAAGCGACGGCGCCUACUCACCCAACACACGCCCGGGCGAAACCACUCCGACCCCUCGGCCGCGGUACCAGGCAAAUACAAGCGAUCCCUUUAUCCAGUCUCGUACCUCGUUCCCACGAGUUCGUGCUUUAUUCGCCCCGAAAACCCCUACUGUCAACAGACCAGUCGAUCCGGAGGUCGAAAAACCGUCAAGACCAGGGCUGGAUCGUAGGAAGAGCAGCGAGACAAUCGGUAUCCUCAUGACCCCUCCGUCGAUACUGCCUUCGACAAGGUACGAUCCCGCAGCACAACCCGGGACAAGCUCAGAGGGAUCCGGCGGCCUGCGUCCUGACUAUAAACCCAGGCGGAACAUAGAACGAGAGAUCGAAGAUGGACAGCGGAUGACUACGUUUACGACGAUCAUGCACGAUGCAGGAUGUCGUACGGUACCUUCGGACUCGGAUGACAUGAAGCGGUUUUGGAAGGUGCCCACUGCCCAGCCUCUACCCUCUGGCCUGUGUGUGUUUGAUUUUAAACGGGAGACCCAGCCCUAUAUCCCUUUGAUCCCUCUUGGCCUCCCAGGUUGCUAG